AUGUCAGCAUUAGACGGUGUGUUUAACAAUACUAAUGGUCUUAAACAAAGUGAAAUAGACGAAAUCAAUAAGUCAUUCCGUCAAUUUGAUUUAAAUAAUAAUGGUUAUAUAACUCGUGAUGAAUUAAAACAGUGUUUAAGAGGUGCAAAUGUAAUUGCAUUGGAUGCUGUUGUUGAUUCCGUAAUAAAACAAAUGGAUUGGAACCACGAUGGUAGAAUAAGUUAUGGUGAAUAUAUAAAAUUUAUGGCAACAAUUUAUCGUGGUGAACAUAAUGAUUUGAAACGACAGUUAGGUAGUGCUAGUGAUCAUGUUGGGUCUGUUUCAGGAGGAUCAUAUUAG